AUGGGAGCUGGUGGUGGCAGAGGGCUUGGGAUCCACCAGGCUUCAGUGGUGUGGACCCCCAGAGUCCAGACCCUGCAGAGGCUCACCUUCACUGUGUUCUCUGAGCUGCUGGAGUUUCACUGCCGAGCUCUCCUUUCCACCAUCCAGCCAGGGGGUCACCGGAGGCUCCUCCUGCCCAUCAGCUCUUCCCUGGGGAGUCUGAAGGAGCUCCAGUGCUUCUGCUGCUCUGCCACCGGCCUGGCCCUCCGGGAGGACGGGUUGGAGGAUGUCAAGCUGAGUGUGACAGUGUGGACUGAGUGUCCAGGGGCUGCACCCACUGUCCCUGCCCUGGGCACCCUUCUCCUGCUGAGCGGCUUCUGGAUCAAACAGUGGGAUUCAGGCACGAUCCUGCAGUUCAGCCUGGUCCUGGGAGGUGUCCUGAUCAUCCCCAUUGCUCCACUCAGGCUUUCCUACCUCAGCCUUGGCAACCAGUGGCCAUUUGGGAAGUUCCUCUGCCUUCAAGUUUUCCUGCACUGCAGCAUCUAUUUCCUGAUGUUCAUCUGCAUCCACCAGUACUUUGGUGUUGUAUGGUACAAGAGCAAGUCCCUCUGCAAGAAUCUGGAGAACCUGUGCUUGUUCAUCUGGCUCAUCCUCUUUGUCCCAGGGUUGCCUUUCUUCUUCCUCCUCAAGACUUCAGUCCCAGGCUCAACAAAAUGCCUGGAUAUUCGUAUUUUCUUCUUCCACACCAUAGUUCUUGUUUUGCUCUCUUUCCUCCUGUCCUUUGCCAUUUCCCUGAUUUGUGGAGCUCUGUUGGGAGCUGCCACUGCUGCAGCAGCAGGGAAAGCUCCAGAGGCAGCAGAGGAAGAGCAGGUCUCUGCAGAUGAUUGCAGGUUUCUGCAGAUGAUUGCAGUGUCUCUGGUGGGUUUUGCCACCUGCUUUGGCUCCCUGCACAUCUGCAGGACCACUGGCAUCCUUGUGAAGUCCUGUGGCAUGUCUUGGCACCUCUUGCACAGAGGAGCAGUUGCCUCCAACAUCAUCAUGGCAAACACCUGCCUGGAUCCCCUGAUUUAUGUGUUUGCCAAUGUUUGCCAAUGCCAAGGGAACCUUUCUGACUCAUUUUGCAAAUGCUGGGCACCAAGUUCCCAGAACUAA